AUGGCAAUCACCAAGUCGUCAUCGAUUUUGGUCAUCGGCGCAGGCACCUGGGGAGCCUCUACUGCCCUCCAUUUGGCGCGCAAAGGAUACACAAAUGUGACUGUCCUUGACCCCUAUUCUGUUCCAUCCGCUAUCUCAGCCGGAAACGAUGUCAACAAGAUCAUUUCGUCCGGACAGUACAGUAACCGGAAAGACGAAAUCGAGAUCAACGAGAUUCUGGCCGAACAGGCGUUUGAGGGGUGGAAGAACGACCCGCUCUUCCAGCCCUACUAUCACGAUACCGGGCUUGUGAUGUCUGCCAGUACUCCAGCAGGUCUAGAUCGUCUGGGUGUACGUGUGCGGCCGGAUGAAGAGCCGGAUGUGGUUGAGGUUUCUGAACCAGAGCAAUUUCGCCAAUUGGCGCCUCAGGUAUUGAAAGGAGAUUUUCCCGGUUGGAAAGGAUAUCACAUUCGCUCGGGUGCGGGCUGGGCUCAUGCACGAAAUGCUCUCGUCGCAGCUGUUCGGGAGGCCCAGCGACUGGGCGUGAAGUUCGUUACCGGGUCCCCUGAGGGAAAGGUCAUCACGCUGAUCUUUGAGAACAACGAUGUGAAGGGGGCUGUGACGGCCGACGGCAAGAUCUGGCGAGCAGAGCAGACGGUUCUCUGCGCGGGCGCCAGCGCAGGACAGUUCUUGGAUUUCAAGAAACAGUUGCGACCGACCGCGUGGACGCUCGUACAUAUCCAAUUGAAGCCUGAAGAACGGGCACUGUACAAGAAUAUCCCGGUCAUCUUCAACAUUGAGAAAGGAUUCUUCUUCGAGCCCGACGAGGAGCACGGAGAGAUCAAAAUCUGCGAUGAGCACCCUGGGUACACCAACAUGACCGAAUCAUCCGACGGUGAUAUGCAGAGCAUUCCUUUCGAGAAAACUCAGGUGCCUCUGGAGUCCGAGGCAAGAGUCAGGGCCCUUCUCUCAGAAACCCUACCCCAGCUGGCCGACCGCCCGUUUAGUUUUGCGAGGAUUUGCUGGUGCGCCGACACUGCCAACAGAGAGUUCUUGAUCGACCGUCACCCUGAUCAUCCUUCUCUGAUUCUCGGCUGCGGAGCUUCUGGACGAGGUUUCAAAUACCUUCCUUCUAUUGGUAAUAUUAUUGUCGAUGCCUUGGAGGACAAGAUCCCCGAAAAGAUCCACCAACUGAUCAAGUGGAACCCAGAGCUUGCAUCCAAGAGGGACUGGCGGGACACCCUUGGAAGGUUCGGAGGUCCGAACAAGGUGAUGGACUUCCACGAUGUUAAGGAGUGGACCAACGUAAAACAGAGAGACAUUUCCAAGUUGUGA